UACCUUAUCGGCAAGGCUGCCAGUUUAUUUCUAAUCAAAACCAAUAUGAAAGCCAUAGUUAUCAUUAUUCUGAAACUCCAUUUCGUCAAAAUCUUCAUCACUCUGAAACUCCACCUCACCGAAAUAAUCAUCGCUCU